GUGGAGCUGGGGAGUUCGCUAUCACUGAGAUCGUUUGCAAGAAUGGGUGACACUUUGUUUGUGUUCGGCUUGGCCCGUCUCGCCAGCACCCUGUCCGUAUUGGACUCCGUGGAGCUGGGAAGUUCGCUAUCACUGAGAUCCUUCGCGAGAAUGGGUGACACUUUGUCGGUGUUCGGCUUGGCCCGUCUCGCCAGCACCCUGUCCGUAUUGGACUCCGUGGAGCUGGGAAGCUCGCUAUCACUGAGAUCGUUCGCGAGAAUGGGUGACACGUUGUCGGUGUUCGGCUUGGCCCGUCUCGCCAGCAGCCUUUCCGUAUUGGACUCCGUGGAGCUGGGGAGCUCGCUAUCACUGAGAUCGUUCGCGAGAAUGGGUGACACGUUGUCGGUGUUCGGCUUGGCCCGUCUCGCCAGCAGCCUUUCCGUAUUGGACUCCGUGGAGCUGGGAAGCUCGCUAUCACUGAGAUCGUUCGCGAGAAUGGGUGACACGUUGUCGGUGUUCGGCUUGGCCCGUCUCGCCAGCACCCUGUCCGUAUUAGACUACGUGUCUUUGGGCAGUUCUUUAUCUGUCCGUCAGUUUGCAUAUCUUGGCAGCACACUGUCUGUUGAAGACUCAUCGACAUUCAACAAUGUUGAAAUCCGCGGUACUUUGAAUGUCGUCAGUGGAGCGACCCUUAAUCUACAGGCUGGUUCGACAUUCAUACUGGAUUCUAGCAGUCCGGGGGCGGUCACAAUGGAUACAACUGCUUGCAGUGUUAUCCACGCCAGCGGUUGCAAUAGUUCAUCAGACAGACGACUGAAGAAGGCUAUUCAGUCAGUGGAAGUUUAUCUUUCGUCGGCUUCCCGUUCUGGGAGGCAGCAAUUCUCGAGAAGCAAACGGAACCUUUCAGUUGUCUCGUCGGGGGAUCGUGACAGCGUCGAGCAUCUUAUCGACAGGUUGCACCCCGUCAAGUUCGAAUGGAAACAGGUACACAUACGCCUCGUCAAGAAGCAUCACAAAUGGUCUAUGCUGUGCAGACUCAAGAAGGCAUCAAGGGAUCGAAUAGAGUGCACUUCGGCCUCAUAGCGCAAGUCAGCAUGCUCUUGACCCAAUAUCCAUUCGCCACUUUGCUCUGUCUUCAGGAUGUGGCAACUUUGUUGCCUGAAGUUGUCUCAAAGGAACCCAGGACGGGCACAUUGAGGAUUCGCUACAUGGUGUGUGUACACUCGACAAACGAGAAAUCACAUAAGGAUCGAUACAAUAUGUUGCUGCUCGUAACCAUCAGGACUUGAUUUCAAUUCUUUUGGAGAGUGCCAAGCGGCUUAAUCGUCGUCUCCGGGUAUCUGCAUUGCAGCAAUGAAAAGGCAAUCUUCAUUUGUUUCCUUACUUGUCGCGGGUCGCAGGUAAUGGAGCGACAAGUUUCCAGCCUGCACUCCCCCGUGACCGCCCAAUAUGCUAAUACCACAACGACUCCACGACCACCUGAUGGCCCGAUCGAUACAGCAGUCAACCACCUCAACGCGCCUAUGGACGCCCUCUCCUCUUUUUCUCCAAGCAAGCUUUUGUCUUGCCUCACAACUAACAGCACCCAUGUGUCUCGGCGUCAUCCAUUAAUACUUUCAGUUGAGCGUCGUCUCAAGAGAACAGCAGUACAUCUAAGGCAUGUCUUCCAGAGGGAGGUGAGAUAUCUCUUGGCUGCUGUGAAGGCAAGUAGGUACCGCAAGAUUGUCCACUCUGGCCUUCUUCAUCGCAUCCAUGCUUGGGAGAAGCGGACUCCAAGUCUUCAACAGUUAGAACGACCGGCAACAACACCUUUGGGUCCCGGAAGACGUAGACGGAGCUCGUUCGAUGGCAGGUGGUGGUGGCCAUGGAGAAUAUCGCAGCCCCCAAGCGUGGUUAUGCUUAGGCGAUAUGCGAGUGAGAGAACGGUUGAGAGGAGAGAGGUCGACACUGUCAAGUCGCUGAGACGCAGGAUGGACGACGACAUCGUAAGGCGGCAUAGUGAAGAGAUUCGGCAGCUCAAGAAAGAGACAACGCGUCAGAAUGAAGAGGUCACGUCACUGAAGGAACAGAUCAGGCGACAGGAAGAAGAGACUAGGUUGCUCAAAGAGCAGCUGAAAUCUCUUCUAACCUGGCAAGCCUCCUCUUUGCGCGCGCCAGCGCACGAUGAUUAUACACGUGAGGAGGCACCACGAUGAUGUGGCGAGACAGCCUCUGCUUGUCGUCAUAUACUAUAUAAUCGGUGUGUAUGCUGUACAGUCAUUAUCAUGCCUUUCGACAAUUGCAAUUGUGUGAUGCAAUUGAAUUUGUACAGUCAACUUCGUACCGUAUUUGUACGGGGCAGUUGUGUAUGUGGGUCAGCUGGGCUGAAUCACUCUGUACACAGUCAAAAAUGGGUUAGAUAACC